UAGGUAGUGUCUCGCUGCUGAGCUCAGCAACUACUACAAAAGGACUCUCUCUCCUUCCCCGGGCCUGUUACACUACCAAUGGCUUGCUGUUGUAUAGAAGAAGGCUCGCUGUCCUCAGGGCUACAAGAGACACUCUCCUCCUUACCAAAGAUAGGCUGGUACUACGGGAACAUUACCGUACCCGAGGCCGAGAGGAUUCUAAAAGAUGAACCAAAUGGAUCCUUUAUAGUGAGGGAUACCCCACCAUCAAAUCAGAAAGGUGCCUCCAGUGACCUAUUCACAAUAACUUUCAAACUGAGAGGAAGAUGUGGCAGUAUCAGAGUAGACUAUUCAAAAGGUUACUUCACUCUCUCUCUCUCUGACCCUGGGCUACCUCUCUUCAGGACCAUGAUGGAUUUAGUUGGAUAUUGUACCAAUCGUUCUGCAGUACAGAAGAAACCGGUGUGUGUACUAACAGGACACGAGGAGGAGACACAAACUCACAUAUAUCUCUAUCUUACCAAACCAGUCAACAGGCACACUAAAGUUCACAGCUUACAGCAUUCUUGUAGACAGGCUCUCCACAGUUACCUUACGCUAGACAAGAUGAGUUCCCUCCCUUUACCAAAGUACCUCCUGGAGGGGUACAUGAUACAGAACCCACUCUAUGACCCAGAACUAUACCCUCUUGACACUGACGAUGAUUCUAAAUCAGAAAUAUCAACCAACAGCAGCAGCAGUAGUACAGUUAAUACAGACAACGAGUUGGACACAGAGAGAUGAAGGGACACCAUUGGUUCCCCAGGCACUGCAUUAACAAACAUUCACACCUUCUUUCUCACUUCUGAUCCAUAUUGGAUUCAUGCACCAGCUUUAUGUCUGUUUGUCAUAUCACUUUUAAUUGGAUUCUUUGAACUGAUUAAUUAUUAUAAGAACAUGAACAACAUCUGUAGCAAAAUCACUCACAUUUUGUAUUAGAUACACUUUACUAUCUUUAUAGUUUUUAUGAUGUUUUAAAAAACUAUGUGAAACUUGAA